GAAGACGAGCCGAGCGAAGACGAGCCGAGCGAAGACGAGCCGAGCGAAGACGAGCCGAGCGAAGACGAGCCUGAUGAUGUUCAGAGCUUUGAGGACAUGAGGAUAUCAGGCUCUGGGUCACCUGUGAUUCAGACACAGCUCAACAUCAGCACGAGAAAGGUGACAGAUUUCAAGACCCCCAUAGUGCUGGACACAGGGUCUGGUUUGAUGAAAGCAGGAUUCGCGGAUCAUGACCUCCCAAGUGUUAUAUUCCCAACAAUUAUUGGGAUGCCAAAAUACGAGGAAGUAAUGAAUGGAAGUAUUGACAAGGAGACCUACAUCGGACAAGAGGCUCAGCACAUGAGAGGAGUCCUGAUGCUGAAGCAUCCCAUAAAGAACGGCAUCAUUCGGAACUGGGAUGACAUGGAAAAGAUUUGGCAUCACACGUUCCAGCAGCUGUGCGUGGAUCCAGACGAUCACCCCGUCCUGCUGACAGAGGCCGCCAUGAACCCGCUGGAGAACCGUCAGCGCACGGUGGAGAUCAUGUUCGAGUGUUUCAAUGUUCCCUUCACGUACGUGGCCAUGCAGGCGGUGCUGGCACUGUACGCAGCGGGGAGAUCCUCCGGUGUGGUGUUUGACUCUGGAGACGGAGUGAGCCACAGCGUGCCCGUGUUUGAGGGAUACAGUCUCCCUCACGCGGUGCAGCGCUUCCCUCUGGCUGGUGUGGACGUUACCAUGCAUCUUAAAAAGCUCCUGCAGGAAAAAGGGGUGUGCAUGCGCACCACAGCAGAGAUGGAGAUCGUGAGGGAGAUGAAGGAGAAGUGCUGCUGUGUGGCUCUCGACUACGAGGCCGAGCUGAGCCAGGGGGGGCCGUCCAGCAGAGAUAUGCAUUACACCAUGCCCGACGGACAGAUCGUCACACUCAGCUCCGAGAGGUUCAGGGCCCCCGAGAUUCUCUUUAAACCAGAGCUGAUUGGACGAGACCAUUACGGGAUGCACGAGAGCGUCUUCAAGUCAAUCCUGAGCUCAGACAUUGACCUGCGGCGCUGCUUCCUGGGAAACAUCGUGCUGUCAGGUGGGAACACUCUGCUGGCCGGCCUCCCCGAGCGGCUCCAGGCUGAAAUCAAAGAGCUGGCUCCCACCGACAUGGAGGAGUGCGUCUGCGUCACCAGCCCCAAGGACAGAGACUUCUCGGUGUGGAGCGGAGGGGCGGUGCUGGCCAGCCUGCCCACCUUCGCUCAUGCGUGGAUCAGUCUGGAGGAAUACGAGGAGCACGGGCCGCAGAUCGUCUUCAGGAAGUGCUUCUGAGUCGCAGCGCUCCUGUAAUGUACCUACCUAAAUUUACAAAGUGCAAUAUACACACAGCUCUGACACGGUGCCGUGGCUUCAUCUGAGCCUACUCCUUUUCAAAUAUUUGUCUUUUUUUACGUAUGGAUGAGUCUUCAGUUUGACCUCAUUGCGGAUCCCCUGAGAUCUUACAAUCAGAUUCCCGUCAGUCAGUCCAUGUGAUUGUCCUUCAAACUGUCCCUUUAAUUGUCUUAAAAUGUCCUGUUUUUGGAGUGUAUGUCUGUGUCUCAAAUUUAAGUCUAUUCAUGUUUGUGGUUCAGGGACUAGAAUUGAAGCCGGACUUUAAUGAACGUCUGCCAACCUUGUCUCCACGAUAAGAGAACUCAAUGUGCCGACCCCAAAUAUUAAUAUAUAUCUAAUAUCAAAUUAUGGUGUAUAUUUAUACAAAAACUUAAAAGUAAAUUUGGUUUUUACAACAAUUUAAAUGUAAUCUAGUAUAACAAAUCUUUUUUUGUGUUUUAGACAUGGUGAAAGUUGCUUUAUUUAGAGUUGGUUCAGUGCAGCUGUGCAGCGUUCACAUCUUCUUAUAACAGCACUAAAUUAUCUUUAUGAUGGAUUAUUAGGGCCGCUGUUAGGAAAAAUGAUAGUUCUCAUAAUAUCAUGACAUAAUUCUUACAGGUUUCUUACAGGUUUGUCUUUUUUUUGUACGCGUAAGACAAUGCGGAAUAUAUCUUGUCCUAUCAGUGGCCCUAAUACACAUCGAAGAUAAAACAUAAUUGUAUGUGAAUCUUUCCUGUCAGAAAAGUGAACUGAAGAGGAGAAAAUGUGGAUUUGUGGGAUGUGAAGUUCUAGUAAACAGUUAUAAGUCAUUUGUCAUAUUUCAUAACAUGUCGAUGCCCCACUUGAGUCGAGUUAAAUUUUGGGAUGGAUUGUAUGUGGCUGUUUCAGAGAAGUCCAAGAUGAGAGAUGUGAAGUAGAGUAUUGGUGUGGAGAUGCUUGAUCACCUGAUCUCAGUCUGCUGAAUGGUCAGGUGCUGUUGAAUGCUUCUGCUGCAGGUGCAUUAUUUGUAGUGAAAGUUGAAAUAUUUUCUCUUUGAGUGCAAUGUGUUUGUUUGUCCUAACGUAUCUUCUGAUUUAAGAGCCUGUGUGGAUUUUUAACACUGCGCAGUAGUGUUGAUUUGUGUGAAAGGUCUUCCAAAGGUGCCAAAACUGCUGCACUUCUCUCGACAUUAUGGAUCCUGAAAACCCAUCUGCCAACCCUGUAUAUUUCUACUUUUUUUCUUUUUUGCAUGUAUUUAUUUUGUUGCAUGCCAUUUAGUUGCACCUUCUUUUCU